AUGGCUCAGCCGCUAAAACGAACGUUCCAUGGAUGCUUGACAUGUCGCCGGAGGAAGGUCCGAUGUCUCGGCGGUAGUCCAUGUCCCAACUGUUCCAAGAUGAACAUCGCCUGUCACAGCUCCUUCGAAACCAACCUCCGCGUUCGCGUUGCAACGGCGACUGGCCAGAGGGACUUACAAACCAAGUCCCCGACGGGAAAGCCAAGUCCUCUCCCGGAAGCCCCUACCGCAUCUGCUCGAACAUUGUUCGAUGCCGGUGCCGCAUCCGCCUUCGCAGUCCAUAACGCUUCGGACACGGCCGUUGAUACCAAUGUCUGGGGCACCCAGACACCCUCUGCCCCCUUAGACCGCAGCCAGAGGACAGACUUUGAUCCAGCUCUGUUCCUCGACCCAUGGUGCUUCAGCAUUCCCUCUCCCGCUGGCCCAAGUUUUCAGGUUACCUCCUGCAGCCAAGUCGAAUUUCCGGCAACCGAACCCUCGAUAUGGUCCCCCUUGCACUUUGACGGGUCGGCCCUGGGGAUACCGUACUUUCAACCUUCUAACACCGUCUUCGGACCCGAGUCGGAAAUAUCACCAUCCAUCAAUGCUCAAAGCCAGGAAGGGAUGGGCGGGGAUGACUGGCUUCAAUACACCGCCGCGAGCCACGCAAGGAGUUGA